UUGUCAUAGGGCUCAAUGAGUUUACAAAAACUGAUGUCAAAGUUUCGACUUCCAGGUGGAAACAAGCUGAAGCCGCAGCCAUUCCGGCUCAACUGGUCGUGGAUCAGCCUGGAGAAGGAGUACUAUCUGGUGGAUGAGGACGCCAAAUUCCUGGAGGUGACGCUCAGACGCAGGGGAUACCUGGGAGAGACAUCCUUCGUCAGCAUCAGCACCAAGGAUGGCACUGCGGAGAAGGACAAGGACUUCCGGGGCAAGGCCCAGAAGCAGGUCCAGUUCAACCCAGGCCAGACAGUGGCCACUUGGAGGGUAAAGAUCUUCACGGACCAGGAGUUUGAGACCAGCGAGACCUUUGAGAUCCAGCUGUCGGAGCCUGUCAUGGCCGUGCUGGAGUACCCCGAUACAGCCACUGUGGAGAUAGUGGACCCUGGUGAUGAGUCCACGGUGUUCAUCCCCCAGGCAGAGUAUAAGAUAGAGGAGGACAUUGGGGAGCUGCUGGUGCCUGUUCGCCGCUCUGGAGACCUCAGCCAGGAACUCAUGGUCGUCUGCUACACCCAGCAAGCCAGUGCGACGGGCACCAUCCCCAGCACGGUCCUCUCCUACAGCGACUACAUCACGCGUCCCGAGGACCACACCAGCGUGCUCCGCUUCGACAAGGACCAGAGGGAGAAGCCCUGCCGCAUCAUCAUCAUCGACGAUUCGCUCUACGAGGAGGAAGAGAGCUUCAACGUGACCCUCAGCAUGCCCAUGGGGGGCCAGGUGGGAGCCACCUUCCCCAGCGCGAAGGUCACCAUCCUGGCCGACAGCGACGACGAGCCCUCUCUGUAUUUCGGAGAACUAGAUUACAUUGUGGAUGAGAGUUCAGGCUAUGUGGAGGUCAGGGUCUGGAGGACUGGCACUGACCUCUCCAAGACGGCCACAGUGACCGUCCGCUCCAGGAAGAGUGACCCCGUCUCUGCUGAAGCCGGCCUGGACUACGUGGGCAUCAGCCGAAACCUGGACUUUGCCCCCGGGGUGACCAUGCAGACAUUCAGAGUGACCAUCCUGGAUGACCUGGGUCAGCCGGAGCUGGAGGGGCCGGAAACCUUUGACCUGGUGCUGAGGAUGCCCAUGAACGCUGUGCUGGGAGAGCCCAGCAAGACCAUCAUCACUAUUAAUGAUACUGUUACUGACCUGCCCAAGGUUCAGUUCAAGGAUGCUGCCUAUAAGGUGGAUGAGGCGGACGGGGAGAUGAAGGCCGUAGUGUAUCGUAGUGGAGACAUCAGUCACAGGUCUACGGUGCGCUGCUACACCCGCCAAGGCUCUGCCCAGGUCAUGAUGGAUUAUGAUGAGAGGCCCAACACGGACGGGUCACUCAUCACCUUCUUCCCAG